CAACUGGCAGCUGUUUUUUUGCCCUUCUUCCUCUCCCCUGUUUCUAUCUCUCCUUCUUCUUUUAGGUUGCUCCACCCCGCCCAGGAUCAGGCGAGGGGGAACUGGGCUGCGGCCAACUGGCGCGGAGCGCGCCUGCAACUCCCGGAGCGAAGCCCCGCGCCGGUCCUCCUCCCGGCGGAGCGCGCUCUCCCCGCGGCCCCAGGCCCCGCGACCUCCCCCCGCAACCCUUCCCCACUUUUCCCCCCUUUUGCAAUCACAUGGCAUUUUAAGAAUGCCGGAAAGAUGGCGGUAGCAGCGGCGGCGGCGGCUGCGGCGGGGCCGGCAGACGGAGGAGGCGGCCGGGCGCAGCGGAGCGGGCUGCUGGAAGUUUUGGUGCGGGAUCGCUGGCACAAAGUUCUGGUGAACUUGAGCGAGGACGCCCUGGUUCUGAGCUGCGAGGAGGGCGCUGCGGCGUACAACGGCAUCGGGACGGCUACCAAUGGCUCGUUCUGCAGGGGCGCGGGCACCGGGCACCCGGGCACCGGCGGCGCGCAGCCCCCGGACUCGCCAGCUGGGGUCCGCACCGCCUUCACCGACCUGCCUGAACAGGUGCCCGAGUCCAUCUCGAACCAGAAGCGUGGAGUGAAGGUGCUGAAGCAGGAGCUGGGUGGGCUGGGCAUCAGCAUCAAAGGGGGCAAGGAGAACAAGAUGCCCAUCCUCAUCAGCAAGAUCUUCAAGGGGCUGGCGGCAGACCAGACCCAAGCCCUCUACGUGGGCGACGCCAUCCUGUCGGUGAACGGGGCAGACCUGCGGGACGCCACCCACGACGAGGCGGUGCAGGCGCUGAAGCGCGCAGGCAAGGAGGUGCUCCUGGAAGUGAAGUACAUGCGAGAAGCCACACCAUAUGUGAAGAAAGGCUCCCCGGUAUCCGAGAUUGGGUGGGAAACACCACCGCCUGAGUCCCCUCGGUUAGGGGGCGGCUGCUCAGACCUUCCAUCCUCGCAACCCUUCUCCUUCCACAGAGACCGGAAAAGCAUCCCUCUGAAGAUGUGCUACGUCACUCGGAGUAUGGCCUUGGCUGACCCUGAGAACAGGCAUCUUGAAAUCCACUCUCCAGAUGCUAAGCACACAGUGAUCCUAAGGAGCAAAGACUCAGCCGCUGCCCAGGCCUGGUUCAGCGCCAUCCAUUCCAACGUUAGUGACCUGCUGACCCGGGUCAUCACGGAGGUCAGAGAGCAGCUGGGGAAAACAGGCCUUGCUGGAAGUCGAGAGGUCAGGCAUCUGGGCUGGCUUGCAGAAAAGGUGCCUGGGGAGAGCGAAAAACAGUGGAAGCCAGCCCUAGUUGUGCUGACUGAGAAGGACCUUUUAAUCUAUGACAGCAUGCCACGGAGGAAGGAAGCUUGGUUGAGCCCAGUUCACACCUACCCUCUUCUCGCCACCAGGCUGGUCCACUCAGGUCCAGGGAAAGGGUCACCCCAGGCUGCUGUGGACCUCUCCUUUGCGACACGAACUGGUACCAGGCAGGGGAUUGAAACACAUCUCUUCAGGGCAGAGGUCAGCAGGGACCUCUCACACUGGACACGGAGCAUAGUUCAAGGUUGCCACAACUCUGCCGAACUCAUUGCUGAAAUCACCACAGCUUGCACCUACAAAAACCAGGAGUGCCGUUUGACCAUCCAUUAUGAGAAUGGAUUUUCCCUAACCACUGAACCACAGGAGGGUGCCUUUCCCAAGACAAUCAUACAAUCUCCUUAUGAAAAGCUGAAAAUGUCUUCAGAUGAUGGAAUCAGGAUGCUGUAUUUAGAUUUUGGAGGCAAAGAAGGAGAGAUUCAACUGGACCUUCAUUCCUGCCCCAAACCAGUGGUUUUCAUCAUUCACUCAUUCCUGUCAGCUAAGAUCACAAGAUUGGGCUUGGUGGCCUGAAUGGAGGGACAACUUGCCUUUCACAAAGGACAGUUUGUGAGAACGUCAGAAAGUGAAACACCAGACCCCAUUUGCAGUGAGCUCUGCUCCCGAUGUAGCAUGCCACCGCCAGUUUAGCUCCCCGGCAUCCUGUGUAACCAUCCCAGACUCUUGCGUCAGCUUCACCGACAACAAGGGAGUUCCCUAAGAGCACCACAGUAUCAGAAUAAAACUGUCUUUAUAGAACAGUGAAAGUGUAAAGAGGUGAGAGCAAUUGGAAACAUGCAACAUAGCUUUCAAAUAAUGACAAGCAAGGACAUGAGCAUUAGAACAGCAUGUACAGAUCUUAAUCAUCCUCGUUUCAGGCAACUGGUUCCCCCAGGUAAGCAAGGGCUGAAUAGAGGAGGCAUGGACAUUUCCACACACACAUACACACAUACCAGUUACAAUGAUCUCUUUUUUAUCGUGAUUGAUUUCCUACUUCUAAUUGAGUUGACUUUCACUGGCAAGGAAAGAAAUGUAUUUCAGUUGGAAACCCACCUUUUAUUUAGUAUGAAGCAGCUGUUACUUUUUCUUAAUGAACUAUCUUUCAGUGAUGUAGAAUGAUUCUGAAGUGUCCUCAUUAGCAUGAUCGGGAAUUAGAUAAAGCAUCAAAUACCAAUCUGAGCUGUAAGCUGGUGGAAUCUGAGCCAAGGUAGACUGCUUAAAUUGUAAAGCUUCCCUGAAGAGUAGUGUGCAUGAAAGAUGAUUAAUUCUGAAUUGGACUCACUCCAAGGUCGGCUAGCCAAGACUGAUAACUUUAUUUAUAGAAAGCAAAUUAUGGAUAUUUUUAAGAUUGCCAUAUAUGUGUGUGUAUAUGUGUGUGUGUAUACAUGUAUAUAGAUACACACAUAUACAUGUAUAUAGAUACAUAUGUAUGUAUCUCUCUAUAUAUAAACACAUGGAGUUAACUAUUCCCAUCUCAUGAUUUUCAGUGGAAGUACUGAACCGUUUCUUGAUCCUUGUUUCUGCCUGUGCUUGCAUGCAUGCAUCUUCACAGAAGUACUAGAGUACCUCAUCUAUGGAUGAUGCUGGGUUUUAUGUAUAUAUAGUCUCAGCACUAUAAUCCAAACUAUUGAUCACAUCUGCAGCUCUUGGAAUUCCAGGGAAAUAAUACAAUGAAUGACCUGAUAUUUUUCUACAAGAGUAUUUUCAGACACCAUCUAGCACAUUACCAAUUUAAAACUUUUGCUUUUUAUUUUUCAAAACAACUUCACUAAAAAUACACCUAUUAUAUGAUUUUCAAGUCACUUUCCUCCAACCUUGAAAAUUUCUAGAAUUUCUAUAAACAUGUAGCCUUUCUUUUUCCUUUAGUUGAUAGAUAUUCAGGUUUAGAUUUGUGUGUUUUUUUAAAAUCACAUUUUAGCAAAUACCUAUGCAAAGAGCUUUAAAAAGUGGAUCUGCUUAAAGGAAUACAAUUUUACUCAUGCAGACUUGUGCUUAUUAACAGAGUUGCACUUUUAUUUUCAAUCCUUGUUUCCCUUAAGUGUGUAUCAUGCAAGACUAGUUCCAGAGGGCCUCAACUGGUGAUGUUGGGGGCCAGGGUAUGGAAUAAGAAGUUUGGUAAUAAAGUGUUUGUUAAAUACCGAGUUAUAAAAUGUCAAACAGGCUUCAUGAUUGCAAACCUCCUCAGGCUUUUCAUGUACGUUGUGAUUCUUCCACAGGAGAGCCAAUGAGCCAUCCUUAUGCUUAUCUGCAGAACCCUUUUCUUCUGAACCUAGUUUUAAAAAAGCUCACCUUGGAAAACACAGUAUUUGUUUGCUUCUUUGUUUCCUAUUUUGAAAUGCUGAAGAGUGAAGUCCAAGCCUGAGUACUGUCAGAAAGCUUUGAUGCAUUGUAAAUUAUACUGUAUUCUCAUUAUAUAUUUUCAAAAUCACUGGAAUGUUGUAUACAAGAGAAUUAUACUUAUGUAUUGUAAAUAAUAUUAAAAUACAUAUAUUAAUGCUUAUAGUUUGAUUCAAUAAUAUGUAAUCUAAGGUGCUGAGUACUACAUGAAGUAUGAGUUAAUUACUCAUAAUUAAAUUGCAAAGUUCUCUUAUAUAUUUAUAGACAAAUUAAAACGAUCAAAAUUACAAUAUUACUUCUACGUCCCUGGUUUUUGACCCUGAAGGUUGGGUGGGGUCAACAGAAACUAACUACAACUCUGCAUUUAUAAACAUUUAAUUUAAAUAUUUAUAUUUUAGAAAAAUGAUUUGAAUAAAAUUAAUGCAUUUUCUGCAUUAAAAUGUGUUUAGGAAGAACUAGAAAAUUUUACUAAGAGAAUUGUAUUUAUGAAUCACGUUUUUCCUCUAAGUGCAUCAUAUCAGUGGGGCUAUGAUGAAUCCACUUCAGAUACUCAUUCUGAAUUCAGUAAGUUACAAGACUUUACGCUGCAGCUCUUAAUCUUGUCUUCAUGUGUGUUAGGAAUGUUGUGAUUGGUACAAACUGCUGGAUAGUGCCCAGGCGCAGUCAUCAAAUCAGCAGUCACUUUGGAGAAUUUAUUUUUGUCCAGUUAGCUCUGUGCUCAAAGCCCAUUUCUUAUUUGAAUCAAUGAAUUACUAAGUGUUUGUCCUUUACGGGUGAGCCAGUGCAAAUGAAUGAUGCUUUCAUCUGUUCUCAGCGGGCAGCUGCCCAGUGCUAGAUGUGGCAAGGCAAGCCCUUUGGUAUUACAACAGUUAGAACAUCCUGCACAAAUUUAAAGAAAGCCAAAAAGAAAACAGAGAUCAGUUUUUUUGACUUGAACUAAUUAAGAGAAACAAAACCAUAAAACUAUUCUAAAAAUAGGCCAGCAGAGGCAUUGAAAUAAUUCUCUCAGUUGAUAGAAUUAAAAUGCUAAAUAAAAAGCACAACCCUUUUAUCCAAAAGCUUAUUGACACUGCGUGGCUGAAGUCAGAACAAAUGAUGUUCAUGAUCAGAAUUCCCCUAAAUAAAGGCAAGGGCUUUCAGAUCCUGGUUUUAUAAAUAUUUGACUAUUCUAUCAUGAUGGGGCUGGCAUGAGUGAGCAGGGGUGAGGAGAUAAUUUUUGAAUGUACCUUGAGUUUAAAAAUGUGCCUAUGUUUAUAGCACCAUGGAUACCAUGUAACAUUUAUAUGUGAAUUAAAUAAAUA